UUCUUUCCUAGAUCCGCCGUUCCAUUCCCCACUCUCACCUCGUUCCAGCACACUCCCUUAAAAACUGCGGCGGCCCUGCCAUCUCCGACGAAAACCCUAACCACGCUCGCAGCGCACCGCACACUACCCCGUCCCCUGAGAUCCAACUCUGACCACGGCGGCCGUCGAUUGGCUGCCCGCCAUGGCCUCGACGGCGGCGUCAGUCGCCGAACACCGGACUCAGACGCCGUUGCUCACAGACCUCGGCGACGAGCUCCUGGAGGAGAUAUUCCUCCGCCUGCCCACGCCGGCGGAGCUCGCGCGCGCCUGCACCGCCCGCGCCUCCUUCCGCCGCAUCAUCACCGAGCGCUCCUUCCUCCGCAGCUACCGCAAACGCCACCCGCCGCCGCUCCUGGGGUUCGUGGGUGACGAAGGCGGCUUCCACCCCGCCCAGGCGCCCCACACCUCCGCCCCGCUCGCCUUUCCCUCGCCGACGCGGCCGAUUUCACCUACUCCUUCGUCCCCAAACACGGCGAGGGGCACGUGUGGGUCCCGUGCGACGCCCGGGAUGGCCGUGUCCUUCUCGAAGACGGGCAAUUUUGGGAGGCCUUCAGACACCUUGCCGUCUGCGAUCCAUUGUUUCGUCGCUACGCGCUGCUUCCACCCGUUCCGGAGAACCUGGCACUCCAGGAGAAAGGCCCUGUACGAACCAAUUCCUUACUCAUGCACAUUGCCGAGGAUGAGGAUGAGACACUGUUCAAGGUGAUAUGCUUGGCUAACUAUACAACCAAUCUGGUUGCAUUUCUAUUCUCUUCCGUCACAGGAGAAUGGUGCAUAGCCGCAACUGUCAGCUGGAGCUCUUUGGGCAGCCAGCCACAGAUAUGGCAAAACUUCAGAGGUUGCGAAUACCGUGGCGUGUCCUGUUUUGACUGCGCGCGCGGCUCCUACUACUCAACAUCGACUUUUAACGACAAGCUGCUUGUGUUGGACACAAGGAAAAUUGAAUUUUGCACUGUCGAUGAUCGUACUGGCUACCAUAUGAACCUCAGAUGUCUGCCUGGCCAGCACGAAGACAUUCUCGACAUCUAUGUGCCAUCCCGAUGCCGGCCUGGCCAGAGUAGAAGUCUGCCUCGCAUUGUUGUGGGUAGAGAAGGAGCCCUUGAGAUGUUUUCUCUCGUCGGUGAUCACACUCCAAAUGGCUCUUUUGAUCUCUAUCAUACCGCUCACCAAAAUAAUGGCCAGUCUUCCAAGGAAUGGCAACUGGAGAAUAUUAUCCCGUUGCCCAGCAAGUAUGACUAUUUCACUGUGGGCGCAGCUGAGGGAUUCUUAUUCCUUGGAGCCACUACAGAAGAUCAGCUCGACAUUGUUGAAGGCUCCCCUAUGAGCUUGUUGACGACUGACUGGAAUGUAGAUUAUUUUGCAUUGGAUGUCAAGACUUCUGAACUUACUAAGGUUUGUAGGAGGAGGAGGCAAUUCUUCCAUAAAGAAGAUGUUCACUGCUACUUUGGCUUCCCCCUGUCAUUGUCAAAACCGAGUAUAUGAUGAAGUGGGAUCAACUCGCUUUGCUUUUGGGGUUCUUGUACUUGGGCCAUGUAUCUGAUGCCUUUGAUGAAAUGGAGGAUGGGCAUGAUGGUGCUGAGAAAUAUGCUCACUGGAUAUAGCACUCAAGCCUUGGUAUUAUUCAUUAAGAAUUAGCCAUCAUGUAUUUUCUAUGGUUGUAUUAGGCUUUUUUAAGCAAAGACAUGUUGUAAACAAGCUGAAUUUGUUGAACUCUAUCUGUAAUGAGUGUUGUACUGUACUUUUGUACUGGAAGCAUGACAUUGUCUGUUUAUCCUUGUUCAGUCCUUAACCUGGCCAUGUUUGCAGCCACAUCAUGCUCUGCUCAGCAUGCUCAUGCAUCAUCUUGCUUUUAAGCAUCUGAUGAUUUGUUACAGGUUACUGUUGCCCAUGCUGUUUCCAGUGUCCGAGUUAAUGUUUUGUUGGGUGCCUUUUCAGAAUCAGGAAAGCAACAUUUAUCUUGUCAUGUUCAAGUCACAUUUUGAUUUUUGAGGCUUCUGGAAAAAAGAAAAAAACAUGCUUCAUGCUUCAUCCUAUAACAUUCAGCUAUCCUCAUCUUGUAAGCGAGACACCCUACUUUUCCUUGUUGAUCUCACACAUAUGCCCUCUUAUCCAGUUGGGCAUGUUUUUUGAUUGAGAACAAUUUUCUGUAAGGCUGAGCAGCACUAGAACUUCUCCCCAGUCAUGCUUGUCUGAUUUCGUUUGCAAGGGAUAACUUGCAGAGGAUGUCUCAAGAAACGCAAGAAAAGGAGUGACCCAUUGACACAAGUUGCCAACCACCGAGUGAGUCAACAGUGUUGCACCUUGAAUCAAGAUCCAUCCAUGGAGCCAAUGCAAGGAAGAGUGCAGAUGUGGAUGCUCCUAUGGCUCGCCUUCUGCUUGCUCGAGCAUUCGCAUUCGCUGGUGUUCCCGUUCCCCAUCCCGUUCUUUGCCCCUUCUUACACCAACCAGCAAGACGUUGAUGCUGUGAACGAGCUGUACGCAUCACUGGGCUCGCCGGACCUCCGUGGCUGGGCUGCUUCGGGAGGAGACCCUUGCGAAGAGGCGUGGCAAGGGGUGCAGUGCCUCGGCCCCAACAUAACUGAAAUAGUACUCAAAGGCGUGCGUCUAGAAGGGAAGCUGAGCGAGGCACUCGGAAAGCUCACUGCUAUUACAAGAUUGUUUGUGAAUUUACAUCAUAUUUCAGUUCUACUUUCUGUCCACUACCACUUCAGUUUAUUUAUUGACAUUGUUUUUGGAUUAUGUUCAUGCAGGGACCUGUCAUCAAACAACCUCGGCGGUGAGCUGCCGCAGUCAAUGGCAACGCUCAAAUCCCUUUCGGCACUGCAUGUGCAGAACAACAGGCUAACCGGGACACUAGAUGUGCUGCGUGAUCUUCCCCUGAAAGACCUGAAUGUGGAGAACAAUCAGUUCGCAGGAUCAAUCCCAGAGAAGAUGCUCAACAUCCCAAAAUUUCUAAGAAACGGCAACCAUUUCACCAUUCCGAUCCCUGGUUCCUCUCCGACUCCAGCAACGUCGUCUCCUUCUCCAGCUGCACAUCCUCACAUUACUGUAAUUCCCGCAGUUACUCUACAGGGCACUACACACGGUGGUGGUCUCCGGAGGCACGCCAACAAGGUGUCUCCGGCAAAGGCUGCCGGAUUCAGCAUUCUUGCUGCCAGUUUAUUAACCAUUGCCGUCGUUGUGACCAUGUUCGUAACCUCGAGACGGCGGCAGGAGAUGUCCACUCGGGAAGGGCACCUGAGGGCAAUUGUGAGGAGCGUGGCAAUCUGGACAAGGAAGCCUCCUAAGCUAGGUGCACCUGCCUACCCUGACAAACAACACAGUACAGUUGCUGCAAAUGACAUUGUGGGGAACACUCCGGGAGAUUGCACAAAGGUGGCGGGUUUAUCGGCACAUACACCUCUCAAGAACUACAACAUGUCAAGUAUUGUUUCAGAUAAGAAUGUUCAGUGGGGAUCAGAAGAAAGCAAACCCUCGAGGGUCUCCUUCAAUUUCUUCACUGUUGCAUCUCUGCAACAGUGCACCAACAACUUCAGCGAUGAGAACUUUCUGCGAGAAACUCGGUUUGGCAAAAUCUAUCUAGCAGAGCGCCCAGAAUGCAAGUUUGUGGUGCUGAAGCUUUGCGACACGGCUACGAAAAUGGCUGCUGACGAGUUUCUGGAGAAUGUUCGGACCAUCGCCGACCUUCGACACCCCAACAUAGAAGAGCUUGUGGGUUGCUGCGUGGAGCACGGACAGAGGCUGCUCGUGUACAAACAUUUCAGCGAACACACAUUGGACGACAUGAUCCAUCGCGGCAGCAGCGACGCUGCCGAUCCCGGCAACAAGUUCCUGUGGGAAGCUCGGAUCGCCGUGGCCCUCGAGGCCGCCAAGGCUCUCGAGUACCUCCAUGACGGGGACGACGGCCGGGAGGGACAUGUCGCCGUUGUCCACGGGCAUUUCAGGCCGGAGCAUGUCCUUGUCGAUGGCGAGGCGCGGGUGCGCGUGUCCGGGUGCGGCCUCGCCCCGUUCGCGCCACCUUCAGUAUCAGGAGCUACUACGGACUGGCACGACGACGCACUGAGCUACCUCGGCCCGCCGGAAGAAGCCACAACGACGGAGGCGGCCACAGGCCGCGACGUGUACUGCUUCGGUGUGGUGAUGCUGCAGCUCCUGACGGGGCGCAGGCCCUACGACAAUGCGCGGCCGCGAGGGGAGAGGCUGCUGGUGCCGUGGGCUGGCGCGCGGCUGCACGACCUCAGCGCUCUGCGCCGGAUGGCCGACCCGCGCCUCCGGGGCACGCCGGUGCCGGUCAGGUCCCUGUCACGGUUCGCGGACAUCAUCAGCAGAUGCGUGCAGCGGGAGCCCGAGUUCCGGCCAGCGAUGGCGGAGGUGGUGCAGGACCUGAUGGGCGCCACGGAAGAGGCGCGCAUGGCGGAUGACUGCGGAGAGCUGUCGCCGGUGCCGGCAGAGUACGAACUUGUGUGAACUGCUCGCUCUGAUUGACAUAGAACACUGCCAAACAUGUCCUCACCACCAGCAUAGAUUUACUGUGCUGCAUUGCCUUUGAUCUCAGGCUGGAAGCAUUGUUUCAAGCAAAUUAUUUUUCCAGCAAAGGGGAAUUCUUGGGUUUGAUUUGGUUGGGGUGUGCCAGGUCUAGGCUGUAGUGCAACGCCCGGACGACACUUGAAGGCCCUAAUAACAAGUGGACCCUUUCCCUUAAAAAUAAAUUUAAUAUCAUUGUGGGCACUUGGCCCACAUAUCAGAUAUUAAACUGAUAGGAACAGAUGCUAUAUUUGAUCUUAGCCAAAAAGCCGAGAAAGGUAUGAUUUGAAACUUUGCCCUUCCUCUCUUUUUAUGGCUUCUUGGGCCAAUUCCACGGCGUGUGCCGGCGAGGUGGGACUAAACGAAAUUAAGAGUUGCAGUGAGUAUUAACAAACCUGUAUUUUUUUUUUUGAGACAAACAAACAUGUAUAUGCGUGUGCUACCACGGAAGUUGGGCCUGAUGAUAAGAAGUCCAUAAAGAAAGUAUGAUGGCCCACAUGGGUGAAAGUGUUGGUUUUCCGGCUAGAAUAGUACUAAGUUGUAGGCAUUUCCUAUUCGGUGCCUUCAGCAUUCCUUAACAUGCAUUUCGUUAACUGGCGCUGAAGGCGCUCUUAACUGGGCCCGCCCAUAUAUGAUUUGAUUUUGAGUAAACUCCCAAAAAAAUGGGCAGAACACAGGCAUUGAACCCGUGAUCUCUGCGUACGUAUGAAAGAGCGCAAACCACUAUGCUAUCAUACCUGAUCUGAACCAAUUGAUUUUUGUUCCUUUUAUUUAUUUUCUUCCAUUCGUGAGCUUUUUUAGACGUUUUUAUUUGGUUUUCUUUCUUCUUUCUUUCUCCUUUUUCUUUUUCGUACAAUGCGUGGAUUCUUUUCAAAUUCAUUAACUUUUUCUUCAAAAUCGAUGAACCUUUUUCCAAAACACAUGAAA